UUUACCACUGGCUGAACGCGCACCACAACAUCAGGAAGUAGCAUUAGCCACCCUAGCAUGGUGGUGGAAAUGUGUGUUUUAUUAACAGUAUAGUACGCAAAUUUCCCAUAUUUUUUCCACAGACGAGCUAUUAAAUCUAGUUAAGGAGGGAACCGAUGCCUUCGCAGCCAGAAUAAAGGAUGUUUUAUGUAUGUCAGUCCAUGGGGGGGACACGAGUGUAUUACCGUCGAGGCUGACAGCGUUGGCACCUAGAGGUAAUACGACAUCAGGAAGAACUAUGCCCACUAGGAGUCUCGGCGCUAGGAGACAGCUCACUGCAGAAUGAGUCCACACAGUGCUGCCAGAGUGGUGGUGGUUGGUGCUGGUCUAGCAGGCUUAUCUGCAGCUUCCACCCUGGUGAAAGCUGGCUUUCAGCACAUCCAAGUCCUGGAGGCUAUGGGCAGGCCUGGAGGCCGGGUCUACACCACAAGACCCUUUGGCCAGAAUGUAAUUGAGCUGGGGGCCAAUUGGAUCCAUGGUCAGGAGGCCAACCCGCUCUUCCUGCUAGCCCAGGAGCAGGGCCUGCUGCUGGAGGAGAAAGGCUCAGCCAGCAUCAUGUGCCUGCCAGGCUCCGUCACCCCUAGGGACUACUUCUUCCGGGAGAGCAGGCAACAGCUUCCGGUGGACGAGGUGGAGCAGGUGUGUUCCUUUUUCAGCGGGCUCACCUCCAGGGCCUUCGAAUCAGAGUUGGAGCCGAGGCACAGCAGUCAGAGCCUGGGGGGCUACCUGGACGAGGAGUUCGCCCAGUCACCCCUGGCGGCCUCGGAGGACGGCCCGAGGGUAUUCGAGUGGUGCAAGAGGAGCGAAUGCACGGAUGAGGCCAGUUCCUCCCUCUAUGAGGUGUCUGCCUCGCAGCUGGGUCACUAUGUGGCCUUGGAGGGGGGCUUCUUCAAUUCUCUGGGCCCCGGAGGCUAUCAGGCCCUGGCAGACACCCUCUUGGACAACCUUCCGCCUGGAGCCGUGCUGUGUGACAGGCCGGUACACAGCAUCCACUGGGCCCUGCAGGAGGAGAAGAACCACACCCGUCCAGUCAGAGUGCUGUGCCAGGGGGGCCAGUGCUUCAUGGCAGACCACGUCAUCGUGACCGUCCCUUUAGGCUUCCUGAAAGAGAAUGCAGUGGCCAUGUUUGAGCCAGCCCUCCCCAAGUCCAAGGCCGACGCCAUUGAGAGACUGGGCUUCGGCACGGUGGACAAGAUUUACCUGCGGUUCGAGGACAGGUUCUGGCCCCAUGACUGUGCCGGGAUCCAGCUGGUGUGGGACGCGGGGCCCGAGGAUGAGGAGGUAUACCAGCACUCUCAGUCAGAGGGUGGGGCCUGGAGAGACAUGUGGUAUAAGAAGAUCUGUGGCUUUGACACGGUGGCCCGCCAUCCCACAGUCCUCUGCGGCUGGAUCACAGGCCGGGAAGCCCGACACAUGGAGAGCCUGGAUGAGAAGAUGGUGGGAGAGGUGUGUGUAAGAAUGCUCAGGUCCUUCACUGGCUGGUCAGUACCAGAGCCAGCCCAGGUCCUGAUGUCCAAGUGGGGGAGUGAGCGUUUUGUCCGUGGGUCAUAUACAUACCCCCCUCCAGGAGUGGACGCUGUGAGGGAACACACAGCCCUGGCAGCCCCUCUUCCUUUGCCCUGUGAGGCUGGAUACUCACAGGCAAAGCCUCUUCAGGUGCUGUUUGCUGGCGAGGCCACCCACGUUAACUUCUACACCACCACUCACGGGGCCUACAUGACGGGCAUCAGAGAAGCACAAAGACUCAUUGACCUUUACGCCGAUAGUGAGCUCGAUUCCUAUAACGAGUGAUACACAAAACGCCUCAUUACUAAGAACUCUAGCUUCUCAACAGGUUACUGAUACUGAUGAAAUGACCAUGAAUUGCUUUUGUUAUCUAGUAAGCAGCUGCUUGAAAUCAUUAGCCACUAUGAAUGUCGCCACUAUGGAUUCAGCUGUGGACUUUGUCCACUUUGGUCACGUGUUAAAGUUGAAGUGCUUUGUAAUUGUAGUUGUAUGUCACAGUAUCAGUUCUUUCUUUUAGGGAUUGGUUAGCAUACUAAUAUUACCUCACUCAUAAUGUAAUGACCUUUUUCCUUCUUUCAUGUAAAUUGAAACCGAAGCUGUAAUUCAUUGACAACCUUCUUUUUUUUUUUUACACAAAUACAUUUUUUUGUGAUGAAUAUAUUAAUUGGAUCCCAAUUAGAUACACCACACUGCCAUUUGUUUUCACAUUAAAAUUUGAUGCACAUAUCAGUAUGAUUCAUUAUGAUUUGCUGAAGGUAUUGAAAACACAAACUGGGGAAUAUGGUCUUUAUUAACUGUCAUUGUAGCUUUGCAAAUGAAGGGUCUUCAUAGAGAUAUAUUCAUCUGCUUAUCCAACAUAGCAAAAACAAAAUACCCCAAUAGAUAUCUCCAUUUGACAGUCAUAAUUUCAUUGAUACGUUAGACCUCAACAUUUAUAUUAUGAAACACAAAGUACCUACUAAUAAACUAAGCCCUUGUGGUCCUCUGAA